AAACUGGAAACCCAGACCAUAUGUUUCAUCAGAAAAACUCCAGUUCAUGCGAGGAAGCGGAGAAGGAUAGACGACAGUGUCCAGCAUGAAAUUGGAAUGAGGGAACCCACGUGACGUAAGCCUGCGUCUUUGGCGUCCCAACUUCCCUGGUUACCAUGGAUACUAGCUGUUUUUCUGCGGGUGUCACUGGGCAGUGUGGUAUUCAGUGGAACACCCUGUUACACGGACAUCUGUUCCACUGAGAAGUUCUGUGAUGAUGGAGUGCGGCACUGCCGACUGUGUGACGACAUCCGGGAUGACUGUAUGAAAACGUCGCUUCCGGCGGACUGCAUGUCAUGGUGUAUAGGCUAUUUGACGAACAAAGGCGUGGAAUCUAUCAUACAAAGAAACAAAGUUGCCGACUGUCCAGACCUAGGCCCGCUUGAACAUGGAAACUACAUAAAUGUUUCUAAUUAUCGUCACGGAAAUACCGUUACGUUUACGUGUGAUGAGGGAUACCGGCUGGUCGGCAUGAACACGUCAACGUGCGAGGACUUCAAGACGUGGUCCACUCCUGUGCCCGUGUGUGAAGAGGUUAAAGUGUUUGUUUCCGCCGGCUGGCGGAAUGCAACGAUCGUACAGGCGCCUUUCAUCGUUAUCCUUCUGAUUAUUCUGAUCCUUAUGGUGUACUAUAUUGUUCGUCUGCGCAUGCGACAAUCUCCGAAGGAUGAAGAAAGUGCGGUCAAUGGGGCAGCCCUCAACGCCGACAAAAGUGCGGUCGGUUCUGUAGUUGAACAAAAAGAAACGGAUACAAGAAGUUAUUCUUUGAAAUCAAAUAGUAGCGAAGAUUCUGGGAUUGAGAGCAGCCGGGAAAGCCGAACUGUUAGUGAAGAAAGAGGUGGUGCCAUAGGAAGGGGCCUUGACACGGAGCGCGAUACCUUAUCUGGAAGAGACACACACGGACCCCCCAGCAGAGGAGCCGCAAGUGAACCAAACAUAGAUCAGGACGGCGGGAUAGGGAGUGCUCCUUCAACGAAGCGCGCCGAAAGUGAACCCAAUAGGGAGUCCCACCCCCGCACAAGAAGUUGUCACGCAGGCGAACGUCAUUCAGGCGAAAGUGACACAGGUGAAAGUGACGCGGGCGAACGGCACAAACCCACACACGGCAACACCGAUAGAUCACAAGGAGAUGGAGUGCCAUACACGUAUAAUAUUAUUGAUAAUUCAACGACCGUUAGCAGCGUGGCGUUCCACGUGAAUAGUAAUAAUAUAGAUAUCCGUGAAACAUUAAACUACAAAUCAGGUGAUAGAAAUUCUUCGUCUGUGGCGUAUAAAUCUAACAACGACAGUAACAACGUCAGAAGCAACAACACCGAGAAUGAUAAAGACAACGUUGGACCUCGCAAAUCGGAAACAGCGGCCGCUCCAAAUGACGCAUCUAGCUGCACCGGCCGAAACUCGCCACAAACCGGAAGUGUUGAUCUCGCACGCGCCGCUAAGAACCAAGUUCCUGCAGACGAUAUUAAGUUCGGAACUCCGGAAUCGAAUCUGACAAAGUGCCAGCAGCCGGAAGAGCAAGGUGGGCCGUCUGAAUUGAUCACAAAUUCAGAAAAAUGUUACCACAGUAAAAGCUCUCCUACUCAGCUGAAUGUCCAGCUAAGCGACGCGAGUGCCGCCCUCGGUGAUAACGCUACGGAUCCAGACAAUUCCGAAAGGGACCCAUUGCUCACACGCUAGCAGCGAUGGCAUUGUUUCACAGUUAUUUAUAAUCAACCAAUCCUUCUAAGUUGUGUGUAUUCGUUUUAUUCUAUUCUACUUGCAGUGUCUUAUUUGGUUCUUUUUUGAAAUAUCAGUUUCCUGUGAUCGCCAUAUAUACCCAGUUUUUUAUUCAGCACUUUGUAGUGAUUGAUUUUUGCUUAUAUUGAAAUGGUUUGAAUGUUGAACUCCCAUUUUAGUCUACACAUUUUGUUCAAAGCUAUCUGUGAUCAAAAAUAUGUAUGUGAUAUUUUUGCUCAUUAUGUUCAACUCACAUUUUAUAUUAGCAUUUUUAGUUGGUGUUGUGUAAUUGUUUGUUUUGUUGUUGUUUUUUGUUUUACUUUAAUUUUUCAUUCCAUUAAACCAUUAUUCAUGUU